AUGUCUCUAUCCAAUAAACUAUCUGUUAAAGAUCUAGAUUUAAAAGACAAACGUGUCUUCAUUAGAGUUGAUUUCAACGUUCCAUUAGAUGGUAAGAAAAUUACUUCUAAUCAAAGAAUUGUUGCUGCUUUACCAACUAUCAAAUAUGUUCUAGAACAUAACCCAAGAUACGUUGUUCUAGCUUCUCAUCUAGGUAGACCAAAUGGUGAAAGAAAUGAGAAAUACUCUUUGGCUCCAGUUGCUCAAGAGUUACAAACUUUAUUAGGUAAGCCAGUCACUUUCUUAAAUGAUUGUGUUGGUCCAGAAGUUGAUGCUGCUGUUAAGGCUUCUGCUCCAGGUUCUGUUAUCUUAUUAGAAAACUUGAGAUACCAUAUCGAAGAAGAAGGUUCUAAGAAGGUCGAUGGUAAGAAGGUUAAGGCUUCUGCUGAAGAUGUCACAAAAUUCAGACACCAAUUGUCAUCUUUGGCUGAUGUUUACGUCAACGAUGCCUUCGGUACCGCUCACAGAGCUCAUUCUUCUAUGGUUGGUUUCGAUUUACCACAAAGAGCUGCAGGUUUCCUAUUGACCAAAGAAUUACAAUACUUCGGUAAGGCUCUAGAAAACCCAGAAAGACCAUUCUUAGCUAUCUUAGGUGGUGCUAAGGUUGCCGAUAAGAUUCAAUUGAUUGAAAACUUAUUAGAUAAGGUCGACUCCAUUAUCAUUGGUGGUGGUAUGGCUUUCACUUUCAAGAAGGUUAUUGAAGGUACUGAAAUUGGUGACUCUAUUUUCGAUCAAGCUGGUGCUGAAAUCGUUCCAAAGUUGAUUGCUAAGGCUAAGGCUAAGAACGUCGAAGUCGUCCUACCAGUUGAUUUCGUCAUUGCUGAUGCUUUCUCUGCUGAUGCUAACACCAAGAUUGUCACCGACAAGGAAGGUAUUCCAGCUGGCUGGCAAGGUCUAGACAGUGGUCCAGAAUCUAGAAAACUAUUCGCUGCCACUGUCGCUAAGGCUAAGACCAUUGUCUGGAACGGUCCACCAGGUGUCUUUGAAUUCGAAAAGUUCGCCGCUGGUACUAAGGCUCUAUUAGAUGAAGUCGUCAAGACUUGUCAAAAUGGUGCUACCGUUAUCAUUGGUGGUGGUGAUACCGCUACUGUUGCUAAGAAGUACGGUGCUACUGAAAAGAUCUCCCAUGUCUCUACCGGUGGUGGUGCUUCUUUGGAAUUACUAGAAGGUAAGGAACUACCAGGUGUUGCUUUCCUAUCUGAAAAAAAAUAA